GGAGCCGAAACGCGAAGGCUGGUAGUAGCAGCUGGAGGCCACGGGUGGACGGUGUCUGACGUGGACAGUGUCAGCACUUCGAGUCAAAAACAUAAGCCACGGGAGCAAAAAUUCCCCCUGUUCUCUGUAAACUCCUGCUGGUUUCACUGAGCACAGCAGAAUGAGUCUGGAUAAGGCGAAGCUGUGUGAUUCACUGUUAACCUGGUUACAGACAUUUCAGGUGCCAUCAUGCAACAGCAAGCACGACCUAACAAGCGGAGUGGCCAUUGCACACGUACUGCACAGAAUAGACCCUUCUUGGUUUAAUGAGACAUGGCUUGGCAGGAUCAAGGAGGAGAGCGGGGCCAACUGGCGCCUCAAGGUCAGCAACUUGAAAAAGAUUCUCAAAAGCAUGCUGGAAUAUUAUCACGAUGUGCUCGGUCACCAGGUGUCUGAUGAGCAUUUGCCAGACGUGAACCUUAUAGGGGAGAUGGGUGACGUCACAGAACUGGGAAAGCUGGUACAGCUCGUAUUGGGUUGUGCAGUCAGCUGUGAAAAGAAACAAGAGCAAAUCCAGCAGAUAAUGACACUUGAGGAAUCUGUCCAGCAUGUUGUGAUGACAGCCAUUCAGGAACUCUUAUCGAAGGAACCUUCAUCUGAACCAGGAAGCCCAGAGACCUACGGGGAUUUUGACUAUCAGUCCAGGAAGUAUUAUUUUCUGAGUGAGGAGGCAGACGAGAAGGAGGACCUGAGCCAGCGCUGUCGAGACCUUGAACAUCAGCUGUCGGUGGCUCUGGAGGAGAAGGCGUCCCUACAGGCAGAGACGCGCUCCCUGAAAGAGAAGCUGAGCUCCAGCGACUCUCUGGACGCCUCCACCACUGCCAUCACUGGCAAGAAGCUGCUGCUGCUGCAGAGUCAGAUGGAGCAGCUUCAGGAGGAAAAUUACAGACUGGAGAACAGCAGAGAUGACAUGCGUGUGCGGGCAGAGAUACUGGAGCGUGAGGUGGCCGAGCUGCAGCUACGGAACGAAGAGCUGACCAGCCUGGCGCAGGAGGCCCAGGCCCUCAAGGAUGAGAUGGACAUCCUCAGGCACUCGUCUGACCGGGUGAACCAGCUUGAGGCAAUGGUGGAGACAUACAAAAGGAAGCUGGAGGACCUGGGAGACCUGCGCAGACAAGUGCGCCUCCUGGAAGAGCGCAACACCGUGUACAUGCAGCGCACCUGCGAGCUGGAGGAGGAGCUCCGCAGAGCCAACGCUGUCCGCAGUCAGCUGGACACCUACAAGAGACAGGCUCAUGAGCUUCACACCAAGCACUCAGCAGAGGCCAUGAAAGCUGAGAAGUGGCAGUUUGAGUACAAGAACCUUCACGACAAGUACGACGCCCUGCUGAAGGAGAAAGAACGUCUGAUCGCAGAGAGAGACACGCUGCGGGAGACGAAUGAUGAGCUCAGGUGCGCACAAGUCCAGCAGAGGUGUCUCAGUGGAGCAGGAGGUUUGUGUGACAGCGGUGACACGGUUGAAAACCUGGCCGCAGAGAUCAUGCCAACUGAGAUCAAGGAGACGGUUGUUCGUCUACAAAGUGAAAACAAGAUGCUGUGCGUUCAGGAGGAGACCUACCGACAAAAACUAGUGGAAGUUCAGGCUGAGCUGGAGGAGGCUCAGCGCAGAAAGAAUGCCCUAGAAACUCAGAACAGGCUGAACCAGCAGCAGAUCUCAGAGCUGCGUUCUCAGAUUGAGGAGCUCCAGAAAGCACUCCAGGAGCAGGACAGCAAGAAUGAGGAUGCCAUCUCCUCCUUAUUGAAGAAAAAGCUGGAGGAGCACCUGGAGAAGCUCCAUGAAGCCCACUCAGACCUCCAAAAGAAGAAAGAGGUCAUUGAUGACCUGGAGCCCAAAGUGGACAGCAACAUGGCCAAGAAGAUUGAUGAACUCCAGGAGAUCCUGCGGAAGAAGGACGAGGACAUGAAGCAGAUGGAGCAGCGAUACAAACGCUACGUGGAGAAGGCGAGAACGGUGAUCAAAACCCUGGAUCCUAAGCAGCAGCCAGUGACCGUGGCUCCUGAGCUUCAGGCCCUGAAGAACCAGCUGACAGAGAAGGAGAGAAAAAUCCAGCAUCUGGAGCAUGACUAUGAGAAGAGCCGAGCCAGACAUGACCAAGAGGAGAAACUCAUCAUUUCUGCUUGGUACAACAUGGGUAUGGCGCUGCAUCAGAAAAUGUCUGGUGAGCGGCUUGGUUCCUCCAACCAAGCCAUGUCCUUCCUCGCCCAGCAGAGACAGUCCACCAACGCCAGGAGGGGCCUGACGCGACCCAUCCACCCGAGAUGAGACAUCAAGCCAGGACAGUUAGACUAAAAUGAAGCAUAGCUAACACAGGGUGAUCGGCUUCCUCUGAACUCUGUGUGUCUUUUGCCUUUUUAUGCCUUCACUGGAUCACUGCACCUCAGAGUUUUUGUCAUGCUGCUGCUGCCCCCUGCUGGCUCUUACUGAUGUGAGAAUAUUUAUUUUCUCUGUAGGACUCCAGAGCAGAGCGGUACCGCUUUGUUAAAAAGUAGGCGUUCUAGGCCUUAAGAAGAGGUUAUACCUCACCUUUUAAGGUGAUUUAUUUCUCCUGUAGCCUCUGGACUCACUCCUUUAUUUUUUUUUUCCCAGCACCUAUUUUAAAUCUUUUUUUUUUUUUUUUUUUAAAAUCUUUUUAUGUUACACUAUAAGACAGAACUGGAACAAGUUUUGUCAGGUUCCAGUUUAUAUGUGGUAAUGAUGAAGUUAUUACGUAGAUGGAAGAUGUACUCUUAAGUGCUAAAGAACAAAGCUGCACAAGCUACCCUUAUACCUCCACUACAGCAGAUCAUCACAUUCACUACAUCUUGGUUUUAUAUAUUUGAGAAUUUGCUUGUAGCUUUUUAUUUCUAGCUUAAAUUUGAAAGACCUUGAAAAAAAUGUAAAAAUCAUGAGGGUGUGUAACUGCAUUAGUCUUGAUUUCUUCUGUAUUCAUUUUGAUGUGUUUUUUUUUUUUCCCUCCCUAAAUCUUAGAUCUGAAAAAUGUCUUCUAUAAAUAUUUUCACCAUAUUUUCACACCAAAGCACUUUCUCUCUAGAAGGGUGGGUUUGUUCAGUGCCUCGCAGACGUCUCCAGUGCUACCCCUUUAUAGACGAGACUGAACACUGACAUGUUUGCAGUGUCAACACUGUUUUUCUGUCACACUGCAGGUUUGUGCUCAUGUCUGGCGAUAUGACUUUUGUGUAAUUUUUUUUUUUUCCUCAGUUUUUUUUUUUUCCUGUGUUGCCUGUAAUUUUUUCCCCCUCUAAUUCCCAUCCAUACGGCCCUCGGAGCAGGGGGUCAGAUUGUGGGUAGGAUCUAACUGCACUCUCCACUUUAAACACAGAAGCUGGGAAACACAAUGUUGAGUCCCUGAUAAUGACACUAAAAAAAUGAAAAAUGACUCAGCUGAUGGCUGUUUGAUGCUGCUAGGCGUUGUUUACAGUUGAACUGAGCUGGAAGGAAAUGUGGUGUUCAAUUGCACUGGAAUUUUUCUGUUGACAGGAAAUCGACGGCAGAUAAAAAAGCCUGAGCGGGUGAUACAUGGCACAUUUGUCAAACACUACGUCUGCCUUCCUUUUACGACCGCCCAGGUUUCCUUUUUAGAUGGAUCAAGUUAUUUUAAUGUGUCCCAUGUCAGAGCUGCUGUCCUGUGACCUGUACUUGCCUCUAACAGUGUGCUAUGAUCUACACAGACCAGUCCUGCUGUUGUGUAAACACAUUUUUUUUUUCCUUUUUCUUUUUAGUUGAUAUUUAUGGCAUAUAGUCCAUUAUCUUUGCUGCACAUAUGCAUGGUGUGAAGGUUUGCAUCAUGAAAUGGUCUAUUAGAUUAUAGCAUAAUGUACUUGACACAGGGUUAAAAGAUUUGUAGUCCUUUCUGUUCUACUUUUGCACUACAAAUAAAUGGGAUCUUAAGUUAAA